AUGGCUUACACGGCUCCAGCAGUGGUAAUAGACAAUGGCUCUUACACAACCAAAGCAGGUUUUGCACUGGAUGAUCUACCUUCACUCGUUUUCAACUCAAAUUAUAUAGUGGACAAUGUUACCAACGAUGUGAUUGUGGGAGAUGAUGAAAUGGACAAUUAUUCUCAGUCUGCAGUAUCCACUUUGCUAGAAGAUGGAUUAAUUUACAAUUUUGACAAUAUUGUUCAUAAUUGGCGUUAUGUUUACAACAACAUUGAUAAUCAUAAUCUGAUAAAUUCCAAUGAAUUUCCCUUGGCUAUGACCGAACAAUCUUGGAAUACAAUGAAGGCAAAGGUAAAAACGUGUCAAAUUGUGUUUGAAGAAUUUGAAGUUCCAUUGUUUAGUCUUAUCAAAAACCCAUUGAGUCAAUUAUACCGAUGCGGAAAAUCAACUGGUUUGGUUAUUGAUGUUGGAUCGAGUGUUGCUAGUGUUACACCUAUCUUGGAUGGAGUAAUACAAGACAAGUGCACAUUCCAUUCCAAAUAUGCUGGAGAUUUUCUCAACUUGCACAUUCUAAACUACUUGGAAGGAAAAGUACAGUCUGUUGACGAAUUAUUACCUGCUUCUUUUAGAACCGCCUCAGAGUCAUUCAAGUCGUAUUACAUGUCAACCCAUGUCUUACAGGAGUACAAAAACCUAUCGCUAAACUAUCAAGUGUCCAAUCUUGAAGUUUAUGAUCACAAGUUUUUGAAUGUCAGUGACCAACGAAAUUAUUUGGAAAAUUUAUUUGACCCCACAUUGAACAAGUUGCCAAAUAUAAACUUACCCGAACCUUCACUUGACGUACCUUCUUCCCAAGGAUUAACCAAUUUGGUAUAUAUGGCCAUUAGAGGUCUUGAAGCUUCUUUAUUACCCCAUGGCGAUGACCCUAGCUCACAAUCACAAAAUCGGUUUGCCAGAUUUAUGGAGAUAUUCAAACAAAUAUUAUCCAAUGUGUUAAUUACUGGUGGUACAUCUUUGGCUAGUGAGUUAUCUGAUCAUGUGAUCAAUGAUAUUAAGGCAUUGAUGCAAAAAUACUUCCCAACCUAUCCAUUUUCAUAUCAUGUUCAACAAAUUAGACCUACUCAGAACAAUGAUAAUUCCGAUAUUUGGGAUAAACAAUUUGGAAGCUGGUUAGGUGCUUGUAACUUGGCAAGUAUGUUGAAUGAGAAUGACGAGAAUUCAAGUAGUGCAAAGAUUGCUUUGGACAAUUGGUUUGUAUCCAAAGCCGAUUAUGAAGAGUUGGGAGAGGACUUGAUACUCGAAAAGCUUAAGUGA